UAUUAUUGUAUUUUUUUUUUCUCUCUCUUGCCUUACGUCUUGUUUUUCUCUAUAUAUAUUUGCACCUUCAUCUUUUUUUUCUGUGCAUGUUUUAUUUUUACGAUAUUUGAUUUGCAAUUUAGCAACGAAUUGAUUCGAAGGAUCAUAUCAAAUGGCUAAGAUUUCUCGUCUUAUUAGAUCCACCGUCAAAGCAGCUAUCACCGCCCAGGCUGGUUUCCAUGCAAAACGUAUUCCAGCAGUUAGCAGUUUACAGGAGCAUAUAGUUAAAUCAACACCGGCAAGAUAUAGUAGUACACAGGCAUGUUUGGAAAAUGACAUUUCUGGAACUGAUAAUAAAGGGUUCAAGGGUCAUGAUAUGUUGGCACCCUUCACUGCUGGGUGGCAAAGUACUGAUGUGGAUCCUUUGAUUAUAGAGAAGUCUGAGGGAUCCCACGUAUAUGACAUGCAAGGGAGGAAGUAUCUUGAUACUCUAGCUGGUUUGUGGUGCACAGCACUAGGGGGGAACGAGCCUCGCCUGGUUGAUGCUGCUACUAAGCAAUUAAACACAUUGCCGUUUUACCAUUCAUUUUGGAACCGUACAACAAAACCUUCUUUGGAUCUUGCGAAGGAGCUUCUGGAUAUGUUUACUGCAAAGAAAAUGGCAAAAGCUUUUUUCACCAAUAGUGGAUCAGAAGCCAAUGAUACCCAGGUAAAGCUGGUUUGGUAUUAUAACAAUGCUCUUGGAAGGCCAAACAAAAAGAAAUUUAUAGCUCGAGCAAAAGCAUAUCAUGGUUCAACUCUUAUUUCUGCCAGUCUCACUGGUCUUCCUGCAUUACAUCAAAAUUUUGAUCUUCCUGCUCCAUUUGUUCUUCACACCGACUGUCCUCAUUAUUGGCGUUAUCAUCUGCCAGGUGAGACAGAGGAGGAGUUCUCUACCAGAUUGGCAAAAAAUUUGGAAGAUCUUAUCCUCAAAGAGGGGCCUGAAACAAUAGCUGCUUUCAUUGCUGAACCAGUCAUGGGGGCAGGAGGUGUCAUACCUCCUCCAGCUACCUAUUUUGAUAAGAUCCAAGCUGUAGUGAAGAAAUAUGACAUUCUUUUCAUUGCGGAUGAGGUGAUCUGUGCCUUUGGGAGGCUUGGAACAAUGUUUGGCUCUGACAUGUAUAACAUCAAACCUGAUCUUGUCUCCUUAGCAAAGGCUCUUUCUUCAGCAUAUAUGCCAAUUGGAGCUGUCCUUGUAAGCCCUGAAGUUUCUGAUGUAAUUCAUUCUCAAAGCAAUAAACUUGGUUCCUUUUCCCAUGGAUUCACUUAUUCUGGGCAUCCUGUUGCAUGCGCGGUGGCAUUGGAAGCUAUUAAAAUCUACAAGGAGCGAAAUAUGGUUGAGAGAGUAAAUAGAAUAUCCCCAAAGUUUCAAGAAGGUCUGAAGGCGUUUUCUGACAGUCCCAUUAUCGGAGAGAUUAGGGGAAUUGGUUUGAUCCUUGCCACAGAGUUUGCGAAUAACAAAUCUCCUAAUGAUCCUUUCCCUCCUGAAUGGGGUGUUGGUGCAUAUUUUGGAGCGCAAUGUCAGAAGAAUGGCAUGUUGGUACGUGUUGCUGGUGAUACCAUCAUGAUGUCUCCUCCAUUUGUAGUUACUCCAGAAGAACUUGACGAGUUGAUUAGCAUCUAUGGGAAAGCAUUGAGGGAAACUGAAAAGAGAGUAGAAGAACUCAAGUCUCAGAAGUGAUAUUAGUUGACAGCACAAGCUUGACGAUGACGAAAAAAAAAAAAAAACAAAUUCAAGCACAAUAAAAUAAAAUCAAAUGUGUUGGAUAUUCUGUAAAUGUCCAGAAUGAAGUAAAAAAGUAAU